AUAGAUAUACUUGGGUACUUCACCUAAACAUCUAAUUUCUUCCGCCGGGAUCGUGGCAGUAUUACGUACCUCCCAAUACAUCGCGGCAGCCGCAGCUGGUACACUGUGAUGACAGGCCUUCAUGUCAUUGAUGUAAACAAUGAUUUCUGAAUAUUUGAAAUCAGAUUUUUUAUUUUCUUAAUUAUUUUCCUAAUAUUCUUAAUAUACAACACUUACUAAAUAAGUAUUGUAUAUUUUGAAUGUUAUUAUUAAGUUAUACUCAUGCAAUAGUCACGCCCAAAUUGGUUAAGACUAUUACUUUAUUCCUGAUUUUUUAAAUAAACUACUAUAAUCAGAACACAAAAUUGAGCGUGAGAAAAAGUUUUUAUAUUUUCUGAUUAUGUAUAAAAAUAAAGCACAUCUUAAAAUAUAUAAUUUAGUGAAUAAAUUAGUGAUAAUAAGUUAAUGGAAAGUUAGGCACGCGGGUUAGAGGAAGUUAAUGCAAAAAAUUGGUCGAAUCAUCAGCUCCUUUGUACCAAUACUUAUAGGCUUACUACUUUAUAUAAUGUAAUAGAAUAUAAAUAAAUGUGAGAAAAUGUAACAAAGUAUAACAGAAUAUAAAACGUAAAAAAAUUAAGAAAACGUGUUUCCCUUUUGAUCUCUUUUUAAAAUAAUUUGGCCAAAAAACAGGAGUUUAAAGGUAAUCUAAAAGGCAUCUACAAUACGUACUCAUACUAUUGUUGCAGAAUAACAGUGAUUUGCUUAUACUAAAUUUGAGAAGGAAAUUCAAUUUCUAAUUAAUCUAGUACGUUACAAGUCUUACAUACGGGUUACAGAUAAUAAAUGAAUGUAUAAAGUUCAUAACAAAUAUGCCUUAUUCUUUCGCUAAAAGUUUUAUAGAAGCUGAUUUUGAUGCAGAAAAGUUCGUCAAAGAUCUCAGUUCUCAAUGUGUCGGCGCGGAAGAAUUAAGACAGCAAAGAGCAAAAAUCCAAGAAUUAUCAGAUACGACAUCUGCUCUACUAAAACAUAAUGUUUAUCAAAAUUAUAUUCAGUUCAUCGAAACGGCCAAAGAAAUCUCUCAUUUAGAGAGCGAAAUGUACCAGUUAUCACAAUUACUCAGUGAACAAAGAUCAUUAUUAAGUGUUUUAGCAACACACCGUAAGGCAGGUAUUGUCCUUGAAGAGGAUGAGUUUUUGCAGAAUAAUGUUUUAGAUGUGCAUUCGAAGGAGAAAGAAGCGAAACAAAAACUUACUAAGUUACUUGAAAACGUUGAAGGUGCUGCUAGUCUUGUUGAAACGCCUGGUCGAAUAUGUUUAUAUGAAGGAUCGCUUUUAGAAUUAGAUCCAUUAGAUGGUACUCCCUUAAAAAGGAUUCACGCUUAUUUAUUCAAUGAUAUAUUGAUGAUUUCUUCAUGGUUAUCAAACAGUAAUAAAAGAGGCCCACCAAAGUUCAGAAUGCAAGUCGCAUAUGAUUUAAAAAGUUUGGCAGUUAUUAACGUUAAAGAUCUGGGUUCCAUCAAAUUAGCAUUAAAAUUAUUAGCAUUUCCAGAUACAAGGAUUUUUCAAUGUCCUACUGCAACUAAUAAGAAAGAAUGGCUGGAUAAAUAUGAUCAAGCAAAAAAAUCAAGAAUUUCUCAAGAAAGUUCAAUAAUUAUUAAUCAACAACAGCCCAUUAUAUAUAAACAGCAGCUUGUUUCUUCUAGUUUAGUAUCUUCGGAUUCAAAUAUCGUUUGCAUUGAGAAUGAAAUUGAAUUUAACGAAAUAUCUCCGGAUUGGUUAUUAGAAACAACGGAAGAUUUAGAUUCUUAUAUUGCUCAACGACAUUUUGAAGAUGCAUAUAAUUUGUUUUAUAAAGCAAAAGCAUUUAUUGCUAGUAAUAAAACAAGCCGACAUUUAAGGGAAAUGGAAAUCGCACUUAAUGAUCGAGCGUAUAAGCUUAUUAGUGUCAUUACAAAAGAAAUGGAGUCUAGUGCAGAUGCUAAAUCUCUUCAAGGUGGCGGUCUAAGAAGUGCCAGAAGGGCUGUACGACUUCUCAUACAACUUGAACGUACUGCUAAAGCUUGUCAAUUAUAUCUUCGUUUAUGUAGUGCAGCUUUAAAAGCAAGUAUAAAGAGAGUUAAACGAGAAGGUUCUACUGUAGCCUACGUUAAACAAGUUAGUGCAAUAGCAUUCAGCAACAUGGCUGAAGUAGCACGAGAAUUUCUUAAAAAUUUUCCAUGUUAUACAAGUUGCAGUUCAGCUCUUAUAGUAUGGAGCAGUAAUGAAUUGAGACUUCUUGCUUCACAUUUAAUAAAGCAAAUGUUUGUACCACAAGUUUCGUUAAACACUCUUGUGGAAUGCAUCGUUUUAAUACGCAGUCAUUGUGAACAGUUAACCCAAGUAGGAACAGAUUUCUAUUAUCAAUGGGAUGGACACAUACGAACUUCGCUUAGCCGAACCUUAAAAGAAACGGGUGAAAAGUUCAUGGAAGCAGUAAAAAUACGUGCUGCCGAAGAUUUUUUAAAGCCAAGUUAUUUUCAAAAGCCUCAUAAUCUUAGAAAAAUACUUUCUGAAUUAGAUUAUCUUGGAAUUCCAAUGCCAGAGUAUUAUAUUAAAAAUCAAUACUGGAUUUCUAUAACAAAUAAUACAUUAACUUUUUCAAAAAUGUACAUUGGUCUACUUGAAGAUUGCCUUAAUGUUGCGACGCAUGAAUUAAUUAAUACAAUCGAAGAAGUACUUUUUUUGGUGCUGCGUGUCCAAGUACAUCACUUACAAACAUUAUUGCAUACAUCCGAACUUGAUCGAGAGAGGCAAUUGGUUAAUGAUAAUGCCAAAUAUCUGUACGAUGUUGUUAUAACUCGAACCUUGGAACUACAUGAAGCCGUUACAGGUUAUAGAUUUACCAAUUUAUUAUCCUUGCAAGAGCAAUUGCGUCAUGAAUCUUUCAGAAUCGAAAGGAAACUUGAACCAACACCUCAAACUUCUAUUCCAAAGUAUUCCACAACAGAAUAUAUAUAAUGGCCCUAGAAUAUUUUACUUAAAGAUGUUUUGAAUAAUUAAUGGUGUAAUAAAAAUAUGUUACAAUAUUCUU